UGUUGGUCUUGCAAUAUGAGACAUGUAUUGCACAUGUCAAUAGCAAAUAUCUCUAUCUCUUGUCAUCUCAUGAUAUUUUCCAUGCAUGUGGAAAUGACAUAUGAUGAUGGCAGUCUUAGAAGUUUAAUCUCACUAUUCCUUAUUCCAUAUUGAGUUGUUUGGAAGGGCAUCCAACAUAACAUUGCUGAUAAUGUUUUUUUCACUGAAUUGGAAGUUUAAAAUGUAAACUAGUUUUUAUAAAAUUAGUCAGCACUAUAAAUUUAAUGCCACCAGCUCAAUUAGUUUUGAUUAAGGUGCUAAAGAUAUCCAAGGGCAACCAAUAGUUUCUUAUCGUUAAACUUCCAAUAUCCAAGGGCAACCAAUAGUUUCUUUUUUCAGUAAAUACAAAUAUACAAUAUCGAGUUUCAUUCCAACUUUUAUGAAGGAAACACUUCAAAAAAAUUUCAUUUUUAUUGUGUGAAGGUUAUGGAUAUAAAACGUUUGAACAACAUGAUUAGUGACCAUGGAAUAUACUCAAGGGAGAGGUUACUCAUUCCCAUUAGCAAUCGUGAUGUGCUGAUUGAUGGCACAUGCUAUGUGGAGCUGGAUUCCUAUGCAAAAAGGGAAGUGGCAGUGCUGUAUCUUGAGGGAGGCCCUAUUGGAAAGCCUAAAUGCCUGUCGAGAGAGUUCGCUGCAUCUGGACAUGGUGAAAGAAUGGUGAUUGACUCCCUGAGGAGGAGCAUGCAAGUUGAUGAUGGGACUGCUCAGUACUACUUGGCAGUGUCCAAUGGCGAUCCGCGAACAGCCAUUGCACAAUUUUCAGAUGAUCUAAGGUGGGAAAGGCGGGUUGGCCUGGCUUGAUUUUGGCAUCAACUAGCUGUGUUGUUUCAGAUAUGCAAUAUCAUCCUCAUUUGAAGUAAAUCUGGAAGAAUCCCAUGGAGGCCGAAUUUCUGAUUCAAUCAAAACACCAGAGCAGUAAAGUCCUUUAUGCCAUUCUUGUCUCUCCUGACUUCCCUAGGGCUGAUAUUGUACUUUCAAAUAUAAUGUAUUUCAAUUCUGUGUAUUGUCUAUUGUCUAAUGUUUGACAUGUCUGAACUGAAAUGCAGAUUGAAGCUCAUAAUAUGUAAUUAAGUAAGUUGAAUAGAAAAUGACUCACAUCAAAUAUCGUAAGCUGAAUCAAGAACACUAUACAGG